AUCAAAUAAAAGCAGCCCCGAUUUUUGUUUUUGUUCUCGUUUCUCUUUAACAACUUUUGUUCCCUUUUUUCAUUUUUCCCUUUUCCACCCGCUCCCUCUGUGGACUCCCUCUCUCUUUCUCUCCCCCCAUCGCUCAUCCACUCUCUCUUUUAAAUCAAUAUGCCAGCCGCUGCUGCCGCAAAGAAUACUCAGAGCGAAAUCGAGACCAAGAAGAUGACCGCUUUGGCUGUCAGCUCGUCUCCCAGUGAGGUCGAGACCAAGAAGGCAAAAGAAAUCCUUUCCAAGCUCUCAGCUGCUUCCGAUGCUGAUCGCGAGUCUGUCGCCGAAGAACUCGCUGCUUUCGUUGCUGCCAACGGUGUUCGUUCUUUGAAGCAGUUCAACAUUGUUGACGCUAUCGUCAAGGACUUCAACAACAAGAAGAGCGCUGGUGCUCGCCAAUCCGCUGUUGCCGCCAUCGUGGCCCUCACCAACAACAGCUUGGAAGGCCAGGUUGAGCCCUACAUUCUUCCCUUGUUGUCCAACCUUUUGGAACUCCAGGCUGACAAGCAGGCUGCUGUCAAGAACGCUGCUUUGGAAGCCGCCAAGAACUUGGCUCUCAAGGUCAACGCCAACGCCACCGGUGUCUUGGUUCCCAUGAUCCUCGAAGGUCUUGGUAACUCUUGCAAGUGGCAAACCAAGAUGCUCUCCUUGACUCUUUUGGACGAAUUGACCAAGAAGAACCCCAAGGAGUUCUUCGUCUGCAUUCCCGAUAUCAUCCCCGUCGUUUCCGACUGUAUGUGGGAUACCAAGGCUGAUGUCAAGAAGGCUGCCACCGCUACCAUGGGUAACAUCUGUGGCUUGAUCGAGAACAAGGAUAUCGAACGUUUCAUUCCCGCUGUCAUUGGUUGUAUCAACCACCCCGAGAAUGUCCCCGAGACCAUCCAUUUGCUCGGUGCCACCACUUUCGUUCAGGAAGUCGACUCCGCCACUCUUUCCAUCAUGGUUCCCCUUCUCAACCGUGGUUUGAACGAGCGUGCUACUCCCAUCAAGCGUAAGUCCGCUCUUAUCAUUGACAACAUGUGCAAGCUCGUCGAUGAUCCCGAGAUCGCCGCUCCGUUCUUGCCCCUUCUUUUGCCCGCCCUUGAGAAGGUUCAGGAUGUCGUUGCCGACCCCGAAUGUCGUGGUGUCGUUCAGAAGGCCCUUGCCACCUUGGCCCGUGCUGGUAAGCCCGCCGGUGAAAUCUACACCAAGGAACAAAAGGCCGAAAAGGUCGCCGAUGCUUUCAAGAACUUGUUGCCCGAGAACAUCGAUGCCGUCUACCAGCCCAUCGUCAAGUACAUUGCUGACCUUGCCUUCCACUUGUGUGUUGCCAAGAACUUCUUCAAGAACGAAUGGCUCGCCACUUUGGUUCCCUACGCCAAGGCUUUCCUUGCCGAGGCUGAUGCUGAGAAGCUCACCUCUUCCGCUUUGGACAAGUGCGAAGAAGCUGUUACCCCCAAGGACGUUGAAGAAGAUGACGAAGAGGGUGAGGAUCUUUGCAACUGUGAAUUCUCCCUUGCUUAUGGUGCCAAGAUCUUGUUGAACCGCACCGCUCUCCGUCUCAAGCGUGGCCGUCGUUAUGGUCUCUGCGGUGCCAACGGUUGUGGUAAAUCCACCCUCAUGCGCGCCAUUGCCAACGAACAGGUCGAUGGUUUCCCUCCCAAGUCUGAGCUCAAGACCGUCUACGUCGAACACGACAUUGAUGGUUCCGAAGCCGAUACUCCCCUUGUUGACUUCAUCAUCUCUUCCGAAGGUGUUGAAACCAAGGACCGUGACCAGGUUGCCAAGAUCCUCCGUGAAUACGGUUUCACCGAAGAAAUGGUUACCAAGAUGCCCAUUGGUUCCCUCUCUGGUGGCUGGAAGAUGAAGCUCGCUCUUGCUCGUGCCAUGUUGAUGAACGCCGAUAUCUUGUUGUUGGACGAACCUACCAAUCACUUGGACGUUGUCAAUGUCGCCUGGUUGGAGAACUACCUCUUGGGUUUGAAGACCGUUACUUCUAUCAUCGUUUCUCACGACUCCGGUUUCUUGGACCAUGUCUGUUCCGACAUCAUCCAUUAUGAAGCCAACUACAAGCUCAAGCGUUACAAAGGUAACUUGUCCGAAUUCGUCAAGAAGGUCCCCAAGGCCGCCUCCUACUACUCUUUGGAAGCCGCUCAGAUCCAGUUCGCUUUCCCUGAGCCCGGUUAUCUCGAAGGUAUCAAGACCAAGGAACGUGCCAUCUUGAAGAUGAAGAACGUUGACUUCCAAUACCCCGGUACCGACCGCAAGCAGUUGAAGAACAUCAGCAUGCAGUGCUCUUUGUCUUCCCGUGUUGCCGUCAUCGGUCCCAACGGUGCUGGUAAAUCCACCUUGAUCAAGUUGUUGACUGGUGAAAUCGAAUCCGAUAUUGGUACCGUCUGGAAGCAUCCCAACUUGCGUAUCGCUUACGUUGCCCAGCACGCUUUCCACCAUAUUGAAAAGCACCUUGACAGCACUCCCAACGAAUAUAUCCAAUGGCGUUACGCUACCGGUGAAGAUCGUGAAGAACUCGAAAAGGUUGACCGUGUCAUCACCGAAGAAGGAGAAAUUGUCUUCUCGUGAACUCCGUAAGAAGAAGAAGGAGCGCAUGGAACGCAGAAAGCGUGGUGAAGAAGUUUGGUCCGAUGAGGAUGAACUUUAAAUUGCUCUAGACAAAAAAAAAUGUUUCAUGUAGAUCAUCAUUUUCUUUUUUUAUAUUAUAAUCACCACCACAUUUUAUUCAUAUAAAAUAUCUUUUGACAACCCAUUCACACAAACAGAUUUGUUUUUCUUUUUAUUUUGUCUCGGUUGGUUGCAAAAAAUGAAUGGAUUAUUUAGAAAUGAAUG